AUGUGGAUGGUUUAAAUAACUCCAUUCUGCAUCCUGGUGAUUCUGUGGUUCAAGUUCAGAAACUGAUUCAAACUCCUAUGAUGUGAAUUGGAAGAAGAGCAGUGAUUCGGAAUGUUGGGUUUGAAAGCUCAGGGAAGAAGCAGCAGGGAGGAAAAAGUAACACAGUGUGCCUGAAGAUGACAACGAAGCGGAACUUGUUUGUGCGGCUGGUGCCAUGCCGCUGUCUGCGUGGAGAGGAAGAAACAGUCACUACACUAGAUUAUUCUCACUGCAGCCUGGAACAGGUGCCUAAGGAGAUUUUCACUUUUGAAAAGACCUUGGAGGAACUUUAUUUAGAUGCUAAUCAGAUUGAAGAGCUUCCAAAGCAACUUUUUAACUGUCAGUCUCUGCACAAGCUGAGUUUGCCAGACAAUGAUCUAACCACAUUGCCAGCAUCCAUCGCAAAUCUCAUUAAUCUCAGGGAACUGGAUGUCAGCAAGAAUGGCAUACAGGAGUUUCCAGAAAAUAUAAAGAAUUGUAAAGUCUUGACAGUUGUUGAAGCCAGCGUAAAUCCAAUUUCCAAGCUUCCCGAUGGAUUUUCCCAACUGUUAAACCUAACACAGCUAUACCUGAAUGAUGCUUUUCUUGAGUUUUUGCCAGCCAACUUUGGCAGAUUAACUAAACUACAGAUAUUGGAACUUAGAGAAAACCAGUUAAAAUUAUUGCCAAAAACCAUGUCCAGACUGACUCAGCUGGAGAGACUGGAUUUAGGAAGUAAUGAAUUCACAGAAGUGCCUGAAGUACUUGAACAACUGAGUGGGUUAAAGGAAUUCUGGAUGGAUGGUAAUAGACUAACACUUAUCCCAGGGUUCAUAGGUACUUUGAAACAGCUGACCUACUUGGAUGUUUCUAAAAACAACAUAGAAGUAGUUGAAGAAGGUAUUUCAGGUUGUGAAAGUCUACAAGACCUACUCUUAUCCAGCAACUCACUUCAGCAACUGCCAGAGUCCAUUG